AUGGGCUGCGCCAUGCGUGAUUCCGAUGCUUCAUCAGUGGGGAUUGGUUGCGCAAUUUUUCAUCGAUAUCCUAACGGAGAAGAGAAGCCGAUCGCGUAUGCUCCUAAAACACUGAACAAGGCAGAGCAAAAUUAUUCGCAAAUUGAACGAGAAGCUUUAGCUUUGAUUUAUGCUAUUAAAAAGUUCCGCAUCUACCUUUGGGGCACACAUUUUCUGAUCCAAACAGACCACAGACCUCUAUUAUCUAUAUUCGGAUCCAGCAAAGGAGUGCCAGUAACCACGUCUUGCAGAAUACAAAGUCGUUUGCCUUUCGAGGAAGAUGUCGAGUUUGACCAAGCCGAUGAGAGUUAUAGCACCGUAGUUGGAUUAAUAUUCUCAGGUAACAUAGAUUGUCUACCAGUCACGGCUAGAGAAAUCAGUGAAGAAACGUCGAAUGAUGUCACUCUUAAUCGGGUCAAAGAGUUUGUAUUAAGUGGGUGGCCAAACAAGACAGACAAUAUGGAGUUAAAACCCUAUGAGUCAAGGAAGAACGAGAUAUCCAUACAUGAGGGCUGCCUAAUGUGGGGGGUUAGAGCAAUUAUCCCAGAAAAGUUCAAGCAGAAAUUACUUAUGAACCUGCACGACACUCAUUUAGGAAUGGUAAAGAUGAAGGCGUUGGCCCGAGAUCGUUUUUGGUGGCCAUCGAUGGACAAUGACAUCGAAAACGUGGCAAGAACUUGUGCACUAUGCAACUUGUAUGCUGCAAGAGAACCACAGAGAAAGUUCCUCAGUAAUUGGCCGAGAUGCACUGACCCUUGGACCCGUAUACACUUCGACUUCGCUGGACCUUUCCUUAAUAGUGUUUUUCUUUUGGUCGUAGAUGCAUACUCCGGUUGGCCAGAAAUUAUCAAGUUGAACUCUAUGACGACUUCAGUAACAAUCAAACAAAUUAAGCUGUUAAUAUGCCGAUACGGAAUCCCUAAAACCAUAGUGACAGACAACGGACCCUGUUUUACUUCCGUAGAAUUUGCACAGUUUUGUAAAGCAUUUGGAAUCGACCACGUAACCACUCCACCUUACCAUCCGUGUUCCAACGGACAAGUUGAAAAAUACGUCGGUACCAUGAAACAGGCGUUGAGAAAACUUUGUCAAGAACAAUCCCCUAAAGGUUUGGAAGCUGACUUAAACAACUUUUUAUUUAAGUACAGGUUAACACCACACAUAACUUCUGGAAUGUCACCUUCUGAGUUGUUUUUAGGACGUCAGCUAAGAUGUAUCUUAGAUUUAGUUCAACCCCAAAAAGGAAGUCAGAUUAAAACAGAAGAGGAAGAAAAUAAAGAAGGUAAAACAAAAGAGAAAGAGAAUAAAGAAGGAGCCACUACUAGCCUAAAAAACUUCAAAAUAAAUGAACCUGUGUUUUGGGCAGAAACCAGAAACGGAAAUGUUGUGUGGAAACCCGGCGUAAUCUUGAAGAGACUAGGGCGAAACGUGUGGAAAGUUGAAGAUCACUUAGGCAUGAGCACAUGUAUGGAGUGA